AUGGAAGUGUGCCUCGGCCUUGCAAAUGGCCUCGAGGUAUGUUGUCAUGUCCAGAUGUCAAACUUUGAAGUUCUUGUUGGUCGUCUUGAAAUUGAGGCGAACAGCGUAUUGGACCUGCUGGCCUGUGGGAGAGAUGAGGACCGCGCCGGCUUCAGCGCCCAUGGAGCAGUCUACCCUCUGUUCGCGACGACGGGGGUGGCGGUGGGGAUCUGCGUGAUGCAGCUGGUGCGCAACAUCACGACGAACCCGGAGGUGCGGGUGACCAAGGAGAACCGCGCCGCGGGGGUGCUGCAGAACUUCGACGAGGGGAGGCGCUACUCGCAGCACGGGGUGCGCAAGUUCUGGCUCUCCAAGCGCCGCGACUACAUGCAGGCCAUGGACAACGUGCCAACAGACCCUACGCCACGCAAGUAGCGAGACCACCAAGAUCACAACAUCUUGCAGCUCAUCGAUCGCAUCGUCGUCAUGCGUUGAUCGAUUCAGAUAAA